AUGGUCAACUACAAAUACGAACGUUGUUCUGUUUGCUUUAAAAGUUUGACUAAUGAAAGUGCUCAUACUUUAACAACUUGUAAUCAUCAAUACCAUAAAAAGUGUAUUACAAAUUGGAUUUCUGGAGGGGCUGAACACUGUCCUCGAUGCCGAACUCAUGCUACUUUGAUUGAUAUUAAGGCACUUCAUGUUGAACAAGCCGAUAACGAUGAUGGCGAUUCUGAUAAUGAAUUGACUCAAAGUACAAGUAAUAUGACUAUACAAGAUCCGGCUGUAAGUUAA